AUGAAUUCGUGCUUGGAACAAAAUUGUACAUCUUUAAUUAGUGGAUCAUCACCAUCAAUAUUCACUCAAUUAAUUCAGACACUUAUGGUAGCACAAUGUGGUCUUGGCAGAAUAGACGAUUAUCCUCAAGACCGAACACCUGAAAUAGUGAGCAAUAUUGAAGAAUCAUUUGAUUUUGUAAUUGUAGGUGGAGGAUCAGCCGGAUCAGUUUUGGCUGCAAGAUUAUCUGAGCAAUGUGAUUGGAAAGUUUUACUCAUUGAAGCUGGAACUUAUCCUUCAGCUAUGAGUGAUAUACCAGCCGUAUUUUUGCAACUACAAGGAACAUCAGAAGAUUAUGAUUUUCAAGCAGAACGGCAAACCGGAGGAAAAGUUCUUGGUGGAAGUUCUGUUAUUAAUGGUAUGCUAUAUAGUUAUGGGAAUAAGGAAGAUUAUGAUUCUUGGGCAGCUCAAGGUAAUGAAGGUUGGAGAUACGAAGAUCUUCUUCCCUAUUUCAAGAAAUCAGAUAUUGUUAUAAAAGCUGCCGCGGAAAAAGGUAUUCCAAAUUUAGAUGUACUUAACACUGAUCGUUUCAUUGGUUUCGGAAGAGGACAUGUAACUGUUGAUGAAGGACGACGAGUAAAUACAGCAAAAGCUUUUUUAUCCCAUAUUAAGAAUAGAAAAAACCUCUAUGUUAUGACUUCUACGAGGGCAGAUAAAAUUUUGAUAAGUGACAAUCGUGCAACCGGAGUACAAGUUACACUGAAGGACGGAUGUACAAUUAUUUUGAAAGCAUCAAAAGAAGUUAUUGUGUCGGCUGGAUCGAUGGGAUCUCCGAAAUUAUUAAUGUUAUCCGGAAUCGGCCGUAAAAACGAUUUGAAAGAACUUAAGAUCAAAUGGAUAGCUGAUUUACCAGUUGGAAAAAAUUAUCAGGAUCAUAUUCUUUGGCAUGCUGUAAACUUUGAGUUCAAAAAUCGAUCACGUGUGGAUAAAAAUUAUUUUGACUCAUCGGAUGCCGCAUACAAGUAUUUAGCUUACAAUAAUGGUGAAUUUGCUAGUAUUGGAUCAGAUUUGUUUGGUUACAUAAAUGUUUCGGAUCCUACUUCAGUCUAUCCGGACGUUAAAUUUUCAAUUACUUAUGUACCACAUGGAGAUACUAAGACGAUGAAAACUCUUCUUAACGCUACUGGGUUAUCACGAGAAAUUCAACGUAGCAUUAUCAAAUCAACAAUGACUAAUGAUAAUGUACUUAUGACCAUUAUUUUAUUAAAACAAAGAAGUAUUGGAGAAGUAAAGCUCCGCAGUAACUUACCCAGUAAACCUGUUAAAAUUCUUACAAAUUUUCUUACUGAUGAACGAGACAAAGAAAUGCUUCUCAAAGCUGUAAAUUUUACUAAAAGCCUCAUCAAUACAAAGGCUAUCAAAAAUCUUGGAGUGAAAUUACGAAAUGUCACCAUUCCCGGAUGUCAUGAUUUAGAAUUUGAUAGCUAUGAAUAUUGGGAAUGCCAUCUUAGACAUGUUGCUCGCUCUACUUAUCACUCAGUCGGAACUGUUCGCAUGGAAACACCUGAUAAUCCUAAAUCUGUUGUUGAUUUUAAAUUGAAAGUUUUGGGAAUUGAUCGACUUCAAGUAAUAGAUGCUUCAAUUAUGCCGGAUGUGACCAGUGGUAAUACUUAUGCGCCUACAUUGAUGAUCAGUGAAAAAGGGUCUGAUCUUUUAAAAGACUGUUGGCUCAACAGAAAUUAG